UCGCGUAACCAACAGACAGCGCGGGCAAGGCAGCGAGCCAGCAGCGUGCCAAAGAGGCAGACGAGCUCGCUUGCUGACAGCAUGGACGUCAACUACGAGGACGUGGAGGAUCAAGAUGGCAUCCGCCUCUCCUGGAAUGUCUGGCCUUCCUCGCGCUUGGAGGCUACCAGGACGGUGGUACCCAUCGCAUGCGUACACACCCCCCUCAAGCCUCGCGAGGAUCUGCCGCCAGUACUUUACGAGCCCGUGACGUGUCGUUCAGGCACCUGUCGCUCGAUCCUCAAUCCUCACUGCCAAGUCGACGUGAGGGCGAAGCUGUGGAUCUGUCCCUUCUGUCUGAGCCGCAAUCCCUUGCCGCCUCACUACAAAGACAUCUCGCAAACCAACCUGCCGGCUGAGCUCCUGCCAAAGUAUUCCACGAUUGAGUAUACCCUCGUCUCGACCCCCGUCAGGGUGCCCCCCAUCUUCCUCUACGUCGUCGAUACCUGUCUUGAUCCAGAGGAUCUCAAAGCGCUCAAAGAGGUCCUCAUACUCAGCUUGAGCCUCAUCCCGCCCAACGCGCUUGUCGGACUUGUCACCUACGGAACCAUGACGCAAGUUCACGAGCUUGGCUACUCGGAAUGCGCCAAGUCAUACGUCUUCCGAGGUACGAAAGAAUACGCGCCUGCGAGAAUACAGGAAAUGCUAGGACUCAACCAACUUCAGAGGCCUCAGCAACCCGUCAUGAAUCCUAAUCUGCCUCCCGGUCAGCAGCCGCAGCUUCAACAGCCAUCUGGCGGAGGCGCUGCUCGCUUCUUGCAGCCUAUCUCUGCCUGCGAAUUCCAGCUCUCGCUCAUCCUUGAAUCGCUCCAACGCGAUCCUUGGUCAGUCGCAGCCGACCGCAGAGCUCAGAGAUGCACAGGUGUAGCCAUGUCCGUCGCCGUCGGUCUGCUCGAGACGACCUUUGCAAACACGGGUGGACGCAUCAUGCUCUUCACUGGCGGUCCUGCCACUGAGGGCCCCGGCAUGGUUGUCGGCCAAGAGCUUCGAGAGCCUAUCCGCUCGCACCACGACAUUGAUCGCGAUGGCGUCAAGCACUUCAAGCGCGCGACCAAGUUUUACGAGUCUCUUGCGCGAAGGGCUGCUACCGCUGGCCAUGCCAUUGAUAUCUACGCCGGCUGCCUCGAUCAGGUCGGCUUGCUAGAGAUGAAGUCGCUCACCAACUACACAAACGGGUACAUGGUGCUCGCCGAUUCCUUCACGAUGGGCAUCUUCCGUCAGUCUUUCCAAAGCACUUUUGACAAAGACGAAGACGGCAAUCUGCUCAUGGGCUUCAAUGCCACGCUCGAUGUGCAAACUACAAAGGAGAUCAAGAUCUCUGGACUGAUCGGUCAUGCUAUCAGCGGCAUGAAGAAGAACGCCUCGGUGGGCGAAACCGAGAUCGGUAUCGGCCAAACAUCUCAAUGGCGACAAGCGUCUAUUACGCCUAAGACGUCCAAUGGGAUAUAUUUCGAAGUCGUUACUGCUUCUGGUCAGCCACCGUCGCAACAGAGAGGAAUGAUACAGUUCAUCACACACUAUCAGCACUCGUCUGGACAAUAUCGUCUACGUGUCACUACGCUCGCCCGCAAUUUCGCGGAAGGCGGAAGUCCUGCCAUCGCUGCUAGCUUCGAUCAGGAAGCCGCUGCCGUUCUGAUGGCGCGCAUCGCUGUUUUCAAAGCCGAGAUUGACGACAGUCCUGACGUGUUGCGUUGGCUUGAUCGCAUGCUGAUCCGUCUCUGCCAAAAGUUUGCCGAAUACCGAAAAGAGGAUCCGACGAGCUUCAGAUUGUCGCCAAAUUUUAGCAUCUAUCCUCAGUUCAUGUUUCAUCUCCGAAGAAGUCAGUUCUUGCAAGUCUUCAAUAAUUCGCCCGACGAGACUGCAUUCUACCGACAUGUACUCAAUGCUGAAGACGUCAACAAUUCUCUUAUCAUGAUUCAACCCACGCUUAUGUCCUACUCGCUCGACAACGAGCCGGUGCCGACCUUGCUCGACUCGGUCUCGAUCAAAGACGAUGUCAUCCUUCUCCUCGAUACCUUCUUCCACAUCCUUAUCUGGCACGGCGCAACGGUCGCUCAAUGGCGCAAAGCAGGCUAUCAGGAUCAAGAAGACUAUUCUCAUUUCAAAGCUCAGCUUGAGAAGCCUCGUGAAGAUGCAAUGGAUCUCUUGACCGAUCGUCACCCUGCACCUCGCUUUGUCAAUUGCGACGCUGGCGGCUCACAGGCUCGCUUCCUACUCGCUAAAAUCAACCCAACGUCGAACUUUGGCGGCGGUAGCUAUGGCGCUGGCGGGUCGACAGAUGCUGUCGUGCUCACAGAUGACGUGUCGCUCCAGGUCUUCAUGGAGCAUCUAAGAAAGUUCGUUCUCUCUUACUACUUGGCGAGCAUCAGCACGAUGACUGACAUGAUGGUCAGGCUGGCUGUCAGUGGCACGAACUAGAGCUCUGCUGUAUCAAUGAAUGUCAUG